AUGGCGGCCGUGUGGAGGCUUGUAAACAGAAGUGUUUUUAGCUCACCCACCAUGGGACAGCAUUACUUCUUGUCAUGUAGCUCCGCUGCCAAGGUUAGAACGCUUUGUGCUGGCGUAAGAGCAGGUCAACCCCUCCCAGAGAAGGUAAAAAUAGUGGAGGUGGGACCCAGAGAUGGCCUUCAGAAUGAAAAGACUAUCGUUCCAACAGUGACCAAAAUCCAUUUGAUUGAUAUGCUGUCAGAGUCUGGGUUGUCAGUAGUAGAAGCCACAAGCUUUGUGUCUCCCAAAUGGGUUCCACAAAUGGCAGAUCAGGUGGAGGUGAUGAAGGGGAUCCGUAAGAAACCUGGGGUGUCAUACCCAGUCCUCACCCCCAACCUCAAGGGCUUCCAAGCUGCUGUGAAUGCUGGAGCAUCAGAGGUAGCCAUAUUUGGAGCUGCGUCUGAAAUGUUUAGUAAGAAAAAUAUAAACUGCUCAGUAGACGAAAGUUUACGGCGCUUUGACGAGGUUGUGAAAGCAGCUAAAAAGGCAGGCGUGCCUGUAAGAGGCUAUGUGUCCUGCGUUCUUGGCUGCCCUUACGAAGGCCAGGUUGCACCGGCAAAAGUUGCUCAUGUAGCAAAGUGUCUGUACUCCAUGGGCUGUUAUGAGAUUUCACUUGGCGACACAAUCGGUGUGGGCACUCCAGGCAGCAUGCAGGAAAUGCUGGCAGCCGUGAGCCGCGAGGUGCCAGUCGACGCCCUGGCAGUGCACUGUCACGACACGUAUGGGCAAGCCCUCGCUAAUAUCCUCGUAGCUUUGCAGAUGGGAGUGAGUGUGGUCGAUUCCUCCGUCUCUGGGCUGGGUGGUUGCCCAUAUGCACAGGGUGCUUCUGGGAAUGUUGCAACAGAAGAUGUCGUCUACAUGCUUCAUGGACUCGGGAUUCAAACUGGAGUGGACCUUGCCAAGCUAAUGGAUGCCGGAGCUUUCAUUUGUCGAAGCCUCAACAAGAAAACCAGUUCUAAAGUGGCACAGGCAACCUGCAAGCUGUAG